UCCCCUCCCGUCCUCCGCGCCCGCACAUGCGCACUGGCAGCACCUGUUAUCAGAGAGCCGCGGCCACACGAGGAGGCAGCGCGAUAAAGUGGAAAAUAACAGAAUUAAGUGAAGAAAAGAGAGAAUAAAAAAGAUAUUAAAGAGAGGAAAGGGAGCCGGACGAGGGAUGAACCAGCUGGAGCGUCAAAAAGACGAGGAGGAACAGGAGGAGACAAACUGUCACCAUGACAACAGUGAUGGGACCAACAAUAACAACAACAACAACAGACGCAAGACGGUGUGUCCCGCUGCAGGAGAACACCCUCUGCAGUAUAACUACACGUUCUGGUUCAGCAGGAGAACUCCGAGCAGACCGGCCAGUUCUCAGAGCUACGAGCAGAACAUCAGACAGAUAGGCAGUGUGGCCUCGGUAGAGCAGUUCUGGAGGUUCUACAGCCACCUGGUGCGUCCCGGUGAUCUGAGUGGACACAGUGACUUCCACCUGUUCAAAGAGGGAAUCAAACCCAUGUGGGAGGACGAGUCUAACCGCGGGGGGGGGAAGUGGAUCAUCCGGCUGCGUAAAGGUCUGGCCAGCCGGUUCUGGGAGAACAUCAUCCUGGCGAUGCUGGGGGAGCAGUUCAUGGUGGGGGGGGAGAUCUGUGGGGCCGUGGUCUCCAUACGCUUCCAGGAGGACAUCCUGUCCAUCUGGAACAGGACGUCCAACGACCAGACGACAACGUCCAGAAUCAGAGACACGCUGAGACGAGUCCUGAACCUCCCUACCAACUCCAUCAUGGAGUACAAGACCCACACAGACAGCCUCAGGGACAACUCGAGCUUCAGAAACACAAAGAUUUCCCUCUGAAGAGUUCCUGACCAAUCA